AGGCGUCCUGGUGCCCGGCGCGCUCCCGUCACGGGCCGCCGAGCCGCCCCGCAGCGCCAGGAGCCGCGGGACAUGGACUCAGUGGUCUUUGAGGAUGUGGCUGUGGACUUCACCCCAGAGGAAUGGGCUUUGUUGGAUUCUGCCCAGAGGAACCUCUACAGAGAUGUGAUGCUGGAAACCUUCAGGAACCUGGCCUCAGUAGGAGAAAGCUGGAAAGGUUAUGACAUUGAAGAACAGCAUAAGAACCAGGGGACACAUUUGAGAAGUCAUGUGGUGGAGAUACCCCCAGAAAAUAAUGAAAGAAAUCUAUGUGGAGAAACCUUCCACCAGAUUCCAAAACUUAAUGUGCAUAAGAGACUUUCUACUGGAGUAAAAUCCCACAAAAACAAUAAGUUUGAAAAAGCCAUCAGAAAUACUUCAUCCCUAAAGAGUCACAUAGCAUCAUCUCAACAUGGACAAAAACCCUAUCAAUGUAAGGAGUGUGGGAGAACUUUUAUUUGUUACUCAUCCUUUAGGGCACAUGUAAGAGCUCAUACUGAAGAGAAACCCUAUAAAUGUAAAGAAUGUGGAAAAGCCUUUAUAUACUUCUCUAAACUUAGAGUACACAUAAGAACGCACACUGGAGAGAAACCUUAUGAAUGUGAAAAGUGUGGUAAAACCUUCAGAUCUCCUUCAAACCUUUGGACACAUAGAGAAACUCAUACUGUUGAGAAACCUUAUUCUUGUAAAGAAUGUGAGAAAUCCUUCUCUUCUCCCUCUUCCCUUAGAAAACACAUGAAAGUUCACAGUGCAGAGAAAGCCUAUGAAUGUAAGGAAUGUGGGAAAGCCUUUCUUCAUUCUUUUUACCUGAUCAUACAUGCAAGAAUGCACACUGGAGAGAAAGCAUACAAAUGUGUGGAAUGUGGGAAGGCCUACAGUUGGCCCUCAGACCUUAGGAUUCACAUGAGAACACACUCUGGAGAAAAGCCUUAUGAAUGUAAACAAUGUGGAAAAUCCUUCAGUUCUCCUUCAUCCUUUAAGGGACACGUGAGAACUCACACUGGAGAGAAACCAUAUGCAUGUAAUGAAUGUGGGAAAGCCUUCAGUAGUCCUUCAUACUUUAGAACACAUGUGAGAAUUCACACUGGAGAGAAACCCUAUACAUGUAAACAAUGUGGGAAGGCCUUCAGUUGGUCGUCAUCUUUUCGAGGACAUUUGAGAACUCACAGUAGAGAGAAACCCUAUGAAUGUAAAGAGUGUACAAAAACCUUCAGUAGACUCUCAUCCUUACAAAGACAUGUAAGAAUUCACAAUGAAGAGAAACCAUCAAAAUAUAAGCAAUGUGGAAAGGCCUUUUGUAGUCCCCAUCCUUAAAAAAACACAUAAGAACUUAUACAGGAGGGAAAACCCUAUGUUAGUAAGUAACAUGGGAAAGCUUUCAUGAAGAUUACUUAAUGUACACAACAAAUUUCAUAUGGUUAGAAAAUUUUUGUAAAGGUCUUAAAUAUAGUGUUGGCUUUAUUAGUGCCUUAUGCUUAAAGUAGACCUCUAGCACAUUAUUUCGGGUUCUGUUUGAGAAAAACACUUAGGAGAUAAGUAUUCCUUUAAGUGUUAUUUUACAAGGGCUGCUAUAACAAAUUGCUGCUAUAUUGGUGGCUUAAUGACACAAAUUUAUUCUCUUAUAAUUCUAGAGGCUAGAAGUCUGAAAUCAAGGUGUCAUUAAGGUUGGUUUGUUUUGGACAUCCCCAGGGAGACUCUGAUCUCUCCAAGCUUCUGGUGGCUACCAGCAAUGCUUGGUGUUCUUUAGCUUGUAGAUGCAUCAUUCCAAUCUCUCACUCCAUCUUCCCAUAUCCUUCUCCUCUAAGAGUUUUAUCCCCUUCUCUUAUAAGGCAUUGGAUUUAGGGUCCACCCUAAUCCAUCAUGAUCUUGAGAACCUUAAUUAUUACAUCUGCAAAGACCCUUUUUCCAAAUAAGGUUGCAUUCACAGGUUCUUGGGAGAUAUAUCUUUUGGGGGUACCAUUUUAUUACAUAUCUGGUCAGUCAAAUUAUAUAACUUUUGGUAUAUAUAUAUAGUUUUAAUGAUGAAUUACUUAUGCAAAAAUUGUCCGAUUUGCAAUAUAAAGUUUUUCAGACUCAUCUUUUGGAAGUGUGUUGCUAAUAUGCAACUGUUGGGAUUUUAGAUAUAUUUAUUUCUAAGUUUCAUUAGCUAUUAUGACAUGUAGCUAUUAUGUUAAUGAUACUUUAUCAUUAGGACUUUAUUUAUGGCCUAACAGCACAGAUACUGGAAUUUAUAUAUCUGAUACUUAUCCUAUCUUUCCUCCUUUCUAACACAUUAUUUGUGAGGGUUAGUCUUUAGUAUGUACAUUCAGUUUCUUCUAGUUACUAGGCACAAUAUUUCAUUGUCCUGGGAAGAACUGCUAAACACCAGGCUGUUGAAUGAGGACACCCUUAUCUGACUAAUUUUCUUCUUUUGCUGUUUUCUGUUUAUCCUAGCUCUUGGCUGAGAAUUGGAUACCAAGUUUUUUGUUGUUGUUUUUUUUGAGACAGAGUCUCCCUUUGUUGCUCAGGCUAGAGUGAGUGCCAUGGCAUC